GAAGAAUUGAAUCUUCCAAUGAAUCUUUGAGAUCAGCGAGGUCCGCCCAGAAACACGGGACUUGAUGCGAAUGCUUUCCGUUUCGGGUCGUUGAAGACUUGUUUCUUGAUAAGAGUGAAUACGCAAUCUUCUACCACAAAUCGGUUGGCUCACUUUUCGCCAAUGGCUGUACUGAACGAGAACAAGAAAACAGAGAGUUUGUUUGACCGAAACUAGAGCGAAAUGGCACCGCAGCAACGAAUCGAGGCCGUGCUCGACAAGGAAGGUACAACUCCGGUCCUUCCUCUCCUUCAAGCAGCUCAGCAUCUUCUGAAGCCUAACGGUUCGAUCGUUGGCCGCGAUGUGGCCGACACGAUCCGCCCUUUAUUUCGAACUUUUUGUUCGGCUAUUCCGACUUUCUACGAGGAAGCAAAAACUAAGCCGGCUCUCGCGAGUAUUGAUGGACGCAGCCCCAUUUCACAUUCUCGCAUUCACGAAUUUAUUGUCAACGAAUACGGCCCCACCCUUCAUGCUCUCGGGUUCGGACGAGGCCAUCGAAUCGCAUUGGUCUUGCCGAACGGGCCGGAAUUAGCCUUGGCGAUCGUCGCUACCGCUCAAUACGCAUCCUGUGUGCCCUUGUCGGCCAACGGCGCCGCUAGCGAGUUGAAAGCCGAUCUGCUGCGUGCCGGGGUCGAUCUCGUCGUCGGUCCAUACUCAGGUCGUAUUCAUAACGAUUUUAUCCAAAACUCGCAAGCAACCGACGAGCGCUUCCACGUCAUGCCAUGGACGGAAACAGACUGGAGCAUGUUUGCAGAGAUCGAACAAACCGCUACAGGUUUGGGAAUCCCUUUUGCGGGGUUGGUUCCGAGUCCCUACGAGUCGGGUAUUUUCAAAAUUGUUACCAACGCAGCGACGGACACUCUGCGAUUCUCCGAUCGUCACGAGAUUAUUUGUCCUAUAAAUCGAAGCACCAAGGCUUUUUUGACCAAAGAAAACACCUUGAAUGAUGAGGUACUCGUCUUGUUCACAUCAGGAACUACCGGUAACAAAAAGCUUGUCCCACACCAACUCGGUGACAUCUUAACUGCAGCAACGACGAUUGCUUUGAGCUGGGCUCUAACUCCCGACGACGUCAACUGCAACCUCAUGCCCCUCUUUCACGUCGGAGGCAUUGUCCGUCAGGUCUUUUCACCCCUCGUCUCCGGCGGUUGUGUAAUUUGCUGUCCUAGCUUUGAUCCAAGCAUCUUUUGGCUGCUACACGUAACAAAACAAGCCUUUACUUGGUACUACGCCGCGCCCACCAUGCAUCAAUUGAUUUUGCAAACGGGACAAGCAGACGGGUUCUUGGUAGAAGGCAAACAUUGUCCACCUUUGCGAAUGAUUGCCAACGCUGCUGGGGGGUUGUUACCCUCGUUGGCACUGCAGCUACGGGAUACAUUUGUCGGUGCCACCGUGCUGCCAUCCUACGGAAUGACCGAGUGUAUGCCAAUCAGUUCUCCGCCGGCAACUUAUCAGUUGGAGAAACCUGGAACGUCGGGAGUGGCUGUGGGACCGGAAAUUGCUAUUCUCAAUACAACGACAAUGAAAUCGUUACCGAUCGGAGAAGAUGGUCCAAUUUGCGUUCGUGGUGAUCCUUGUUUCCGUGGUUACGGAAGGAUUGCCAAUGAUUUUUCGGAGGCCGUGAAUGACACAUUUAUGGCUGACGGUUGGUUCAAUACCGGUGAUCUAGGACACUUGGACAAGGACGGCUAUCUCUUUAUUACUGGCCGUUCGAAGGAAGUCAUCAAUCGCGGGGGUGAAAUCAUAAGUCCCAUGGAGGUCGAAGAAGCGGUCCUUAGCCAUUCCGAUAUUUCUUUGGCAGCUGCCUUUAGCGCUCCUCAUGAUGUCCUUCAAGAAGUUGUCGGUAUUGUUGUGGUUAUGAUGGCAGACCGUCCCCGUCUUGAUCUAGCCUCUCUUCAUGAGUUUCUGGGAGAGCGAUUGGCAGCCCCUAAAUGGCCGCAGUGCUUGAUCUUUAUGGAUGGUUUGCCCAAGAGCCACACUAACAAGCUUCUCCGUGUCAAGCUUGGCAGCCGACUGGGGCUGCCUGAACUCAGGGAUGAUAUGCUCGCAAUAGAUCGUACAUGGGAAGGCAAGUGUCCACCGCAGGGGACGCCGUUGGAUGUUGCCAUACCAGUUUUUCCUGUUUCCGUUUCGGCCGAGGAAAUCGAAGAAAAGCUUGCCAGUAUGUUGGUGACCACAAAAAAUCAAAAUUUGCGGGUAAUUCCACAUAGCACCCGGACCGGGUCCCUCGUUUGCUAUGUCUACAACCUUGAUCGAAUGGAUGCAAUUUUGCUAGCCCGCAAGGCUUUACCAAGAUAUGCGGUACCCAGUCACUUUGUUUCGCUUGACACAAUCGAGCUUUUGUCGGGAAAAGUUCUGCCUUCUCCGAGUAUGAAGGAUGCCGUGGCUUCUCUUCUCCAACGCUCGUCAAGCGCCAAUACAAUUGAUCCUGUAGUCGAUAACUUGCAGAGCUUGUUUGCAGAGCUUUUGUCUUUGGAUUAUCUCCCUGGGCCUGAAGCUAACUUUUUCCACAUCGGAGGAAGUUCAAUGUUGGCGUCACAGUUGGCUAGCAAACUUCGAAAGCAAUUUGGGAUAGCCUGUAGUGGGGCUGAAAUUUUCCACAGUACAAACUGUAACGACCUUGCCAAGCUUAUUUACCAACGAAGCGACGACUUUGCGACGAUUUCACCAAUAGAUUCGAAAUUGAAUGAUCAAUCAGGCCCAAGCGGACGUGUUGUUGACGACCAUGGCGCACCCUUCCCCUCAAAACGUCUAGCUAUGGAUGGUUCAUUCCUUCGCUCACUAUUUCAGCUUGUGCCUAUUCUAAUUAUAUUUCCAAUUUGGCAGAUAUCGCGCUAUAUCCUCUUUUUCUGCUUCCUACUCUGGUCGAUUGAUGUUGUUCCUGGUACCCGCGAUAUCGGAACCUUUAUUGCUGCCUAUUUGGCAUUUCAUUUGUGCUGGAUUACUAUAACGCCGCUCGUGUUUGUUGCCAUCAAAUGGAGCGUGAUUGGUCGCUACAAAGCAGGGCGCUACCCAAUUUGGGGUAGCUACUACUUACGGUGGUGGUUUGUUGACAUCUGCCGCAAACUUUUUCUUCGUGGCAUCUGGGGUUCCAACGAGGUGUACCUGAACAUCUACUACCGCCUACUGGGGGCCAAGAUUGGCAAGGGUGCCCGCAUUAGUCUAGAGGCUGACUUGGCCGAAUUUGACUUGGUAAACGUUGGGGAAAACGCCGCUGUAGAAGAUUGCACGCUAAGGGCCUUUGGAGUAGACAAUGGUGCCAUGAUUCUUGGACCGGUGCAUGUCGGAAAUAACGGCAGUGUUGGAGCGAAGUCAGUGGUCGCUCCCUUUACUUCAGUCCCUGACGAUGGUCACCUCGGACCAGUGACUUCGAGCUAUGAAGUAGGAAAAGCUCUGGACUUGAAGAACAGACAGUUUAAUCGUCGAUGCCUGGCUGAGCCCAGCAUUUGGCUCCAGGUUUGUCUGGGUUCGCCGAUCACCUUUGCUGUAAACUGCUUUGCUCAAAUUCCCUCGUUGCUGAUCCUUAUAUGGAUGCUGAGAUACAAAGGCCAGCGUGGCGAGGAGUUCUUGACUCUGAAUGAUUUAAUGGAGUGGCUUUGCGAUCCUAAGCGUAUCCCGUUCUACAUUGGAAUUCGUGUUGCUCGCAAUAUUGUGUCUCCUUUUUUUUACAUGGCGGCUGCCAUUGUUGCCAAAAAGACUGUGAUUGGCAAGUUUACAGCCGGUCCGCGUGACACUUGGUCCAGCUGGUCUCUGUUUCGUCACUGGCUAGCUGCAACUUUAUUCUCUCGUAAAAAAAUUCAGGCCGUCACGGAUUUGAUCGGCCGUCACUACGAACUUGUUAGUGUCUUGUACCGUCUCCUCGGUGCCAAAGUUGGAAAACGUGUUUUUUGGCCGGGCUCACAACCUGUGUUCACCGGUGAAUUUGAUUUGUUGGAAAUUGGCGAUGACGUUGUCUUUGGCUCGCGUUCUGGUAUUUUCAUGACGACAGACACUUCAUGCGAAAAGGUUGUUUUGUGUGCCGGUGCCAAUGUUGCUGACAAUUGUGUUGUCCUUCCUGGAAGCGUUGUCGGCAAAAACGCUGUGCUGGGGUCAAACUCUGUUUGUCCACUCGGAUGGUACUUGCCCGAGGGUAGCGUCUGGUUUGGAUCUAAGGGCUGCGAGCCCGAUUGCCUCGACAAGGGUGUAGUCACAGAUUUCGAUGGUCCGAUUCUAGUCACUGAUAUUGACGUAAAGACGGUUCCGAUGGUUGGAGAUGCUACGACUCUUCGCCCUUUCGGUAAAGCUUUUUACAGAGGAGAAGCGUCUUACAGCGUUUGGCCCUUACAUGUGAUUAUCGCAGCGACUCUCUUGAUCAGAAGUAUCCUGAGUGUGUUUCACACGCUUCCGUUGCUAGGUGCAAUUCAAGGCGGUGGCGCCAUUCUAUAUGGUCUUCCUCUUAUUGACCGGGUCUACGAUAGUCAUGAGUACAACUUUUUCCACGUGUAUUUUGCGAUUUUGUUUGUCUUUUUCUUCACGCACGCGCUUCGCGUCGCACUUUGGCUUGUGAUUGAACUGACGGCCAAAUGGACUUUGAUGGGGCGUCGAGAAGAAGGCCGUUACAACUAUGAUACGAGCUCGUACGCACAGCGAUGGGAGCUCUAUCAGCUUAUUUCCAAAGUUCGAAAAUUCAAUCGUCUCAACUUUUUGGACUUCUUGUCCGGUACCCCUUUUAUGGCUGCAUACUUUCGGCUGAACGGAGGCAGAAUUGGUCGGGAUUGUUGCCUAUUUCCUGCUGGGGCCGACCCUUUCAUGCCCGAACCCGAUUUGGUCACGAUGGGCGACCGCUGUGUUGUGGAUUGCGCUUCUAUUGUCUGCCAUUUGAACACACGCGGCAACUUUGAACUAGCCAGAAUCACUCUAGAAAAUGAAUGUACGCUUCGUACACGUUCUCGUUUGCAGCAAGGCUGUUACAUGGAACAUGGCUCGCAACUGUUAGAGAAAAGUUUGGCAAUGACAGGAGAAGUUAUCGAAGCCAACAGCGUUUGGCAAGGUGGCCCAGCGUCAUGGUGGUUCCAGUACUCUCAACGUAGUCUGUACAUGGCGGAUGAAGAGGAAACUGCCGAUGAAAAAACCAAUCUUUUGAAAGCUAAAGUGUCUUCGUACAACGUUCAGCUUUAGCGUUGGCGAUGAGCUCGUAAUCAUUUACAUUUUGACCCUUUACUGUU